UUGACCCUUCUCUGUCCAGGCAUUGUGCUCAUUGCCGUUCCUCUCAACCUGUAAAUCUGAAGCAGACUCCACAGUUCUCAGGAUCCGCUGUAAGACAUGAAGCAUCUUUUUAGCUUCAUCUUUUUCUUGCAUCUUCUUCGUGGUUCUGCCAGCCAAACCAUUGAGGCAGACUGCAAUGACCACAAUAUAUUUUACGCAGUAGAUGAGGCACUGAGACACCACAACAAGGAAUUAAUAGAUGGAAACCAGUUUGUUCUCUAUAGGAUCACAGAAGCCAGGAUAAAGACUGAAAAUGGUGGGACACAUAACUUUGUCAGCUAUGAUAUACGAGAAGGUUCCUGUGGAGUGAAAAGUGGCAAAGUGUGGCAGAAUUGUGAUUUUAAGCAAUCUGAUGAAAAAGUUGGUAAGUGUUCGGCACACAUUGUAGUCAACAAAGAGCUCAAGACCAGUGAAGUUAUCAUUCAGAACUGUAGCACCUUUCAAGUUGAACCUACUGUGUCUGCCAUUAAACAAGACUGCCUCGGAUGCCCAAUAAAUCUUGACACCAGAAACAAGGAUUUGUUACCCCUAAUAAAGUCUGCUAUUGAAAAAAUGAACAAACUGGCCAAUUAUCCAUUCUACUUUGAUCUGGAGAAUAUUAUCGAGGCCACACUCCAGGUUGUUGCUGGAUGGAAUUAUAGACUAAUUUAUACUGUCAGACAGACCAAUUGCUCCAAAUCUAUUCAUAGUAAUGUACCCCUGGAGGAAUGCGAUCUUGAUGCAAACGGACAAAAUGGUACAUGUACAACCCAGGUAUUUAAAAAUACUCGAGGUGAAAUUAUAGAUAUUAACCUGAGCUGCUUCUCACAGAAAGGGUUUUGCCUCAGCUGUCCUGAUGCAGUGGAUGUAGAUGACCCAGAAUUGCUGGAUUUGUUAAGACAAGUCAUGGAUGAAUAUAAUUCUUACAAUAACAACACAAAUCUUUAUAACUUUGUUUCAGUUGAUUAUGCCUCAAAAAAGGGAGUACAUGAAAAAACCUAUGAUGUGACAUUUAAUAUUAAAGAGACCAACUGCUCAAAGUCUGAUUAUGCUAUCCUGGGAGAAGAAUGCCAAUUUAUAGAGACAAAGAAUGCUCUAAAUUGUGACGCCAAAGUAAAUGUUACAGACACGAAAAUUAUUGUUGCAUCAAGUCCUAUAUGUAAUGCCAGAGCCAGAACAAUGGAAUUCCUGAAUCAGUUUCUAGCAAAGAUGGGGGACAACACAAUUUUUGUGGUGUAUUCAAAAAUCACAAACAAGCAAUUUUCUUUAUCUCAAAAUAUGUUUAUUAGGUUACAUCUGUCUCCAGGGCCGGUACUAGGGGCCAUGUUUACCUAUAAGGGUCUUUCCCCUUUCCGUGGGGUUCUACCUCAAGGAAGUCCAUACAGAAUAAGAAGAGAUACUGAGAGAGCAAAAGGGCCUGCACAUGGUAAUAAAGGAGAACAAAAACAUGUCAAAAAGCAUAAAAAAGAGAAAAAAGACAAAAGAAAGAAGAAAAAUGGCCAUAAAAAUGAAGAUUCAUCUGAAGAGUCUCAAGAAUAUACUAUCUUACCUACAGUGCAUGCAACUCAGCGCAUGCAACAUACAACAACUCAGACAGUACAGUUGAUAACAUCAGCUCAGAAACAGGAAAGCUUAAGUAAAACACCUGGGGAACAAAUAUCUAAAACCACAGAAAAGCCAACAUUAGGACUAUUUCCACAUAUUCCAUCAGUACCAGAAGACCAGGAUAUUUUUUUAAAUUUUCAUGACGACAUUGAACUAGAUUUACCAGAACCAGAUGUAUCAAGCUUCCCAAAAUGUCCAGGGAAGCCAUGGGAGCCAGUGAAAUUGCCUUCCACAGAACCAACAUAUGACCUUUUUGACCUUGCCUCUGCCAUUGGAGAUGCCACACCUACAGUAGCUGAAAAUAUUGAAAACAAAGUGCCUGGCAGCACGAGUCAGGGAUUUAAUGAUGAAGAUCUGCUACUAAGUUUCAUUUAAAAACACUAACAGUGUUAUGCUUUUGAUGAAAAUAAAAUUGUGUAUGCUACAAUUAUCUACUUAUAAAUGGCAAAUUUCCUAUAAACAUGUAAAAUCAUAA